AUGGGCAAGAAGAGCAAAGCCAACAAAUUGGCCAAAAUGUCGGAGGAGGAACGGGCGCGUUAUAUGCAAAUGCGCGCCGAUAUCGAGGAGGAGGCAAGACGCCGCAAGGUGCAACUGCUGUCACUCUUCAUGAAGAAUAAGCUGAAACGUGAGGAGGCUUUCUGUCGCCUAAAUAUGGCGAAAAUCAAUCAGGAAUGGCGUUCGAUACUUCGCCAAGUGAAAGUGCAAGAACUGCGCAAAGAAAUCGAGGAACUGCAAAAAUUCUUUCAAGAGCAGCUCGAUCGCAAAGAUCACAUUAUUAAGCGGCUUCUGAACGAUAUAGAUAUAGCUGAGGAUAUGUAUUCGACACUGCAGCAAUCGCAUAUGGAAAUUGUUAAUAAAAUGAUUGGUCUUCAGCAGCAACGUAUGCAAUUCUUCAAGGAAUCUUAUGAACAAAAUAAAACUACUGUACUAGAAGAAUAUGCAAAGGAUUUGAUUGAUUUUCAACAAAAACGACAAUGCGCCGUAGACGAAUUGGAAUGUGUUAAAUAUCAGCUGGAAGACGAUAGUGAUAAACGAGCAAUGGAACGUGAGGAAAGACACUUGCAAAACUUAGAUGAUCUUAAGAGUGAGAUGCAACUCUACAUUGAAAAUGUCACUCAAAGUGGUGAAACAAAACUCGAACGCCUCUGGCAGGAAUAUCAGGAUGUGCUCGCUGGUUAUAUGCAGCACACCGAAAGCUUCUACACUGAGUACAUGGAUCUGAAGGAGCGCGAUGAAGAGAGUACAAAUCUCAUACGCGAUCAUUGCCACGAAAUCGAACGAGCCAGCGAUCAAUUGGCCCAUCUUAAAAUCGUCUAUGCCGAUACUGCAGAUCAAAAUGACACGAAAACAGUUUAUUUCAUUAAGAUGAGAGAUGAUCUGCAGCGUCGUAUGACGGAGUCCAAAGCCGAGUUCGAAUCGGAACAGAAGGCUGAUGAAGAGCGUUUCAAACUGAUAAGCGUUGUGAGCUACAAUACGCUGAAGCAACUCAAAAGCAUCGCCGCUGAGGGAGAGACGCUGUUGCAGUUGGCAUUCGUUUGUCGCAAAUAUGAAACCGAAAGAGAGCAACUGAUGCCUUUGGGCUUGCCACCACUUACGAAACCGAUGUUCGAGGAGGCGCAGAGCCCUGAGGAAAUGGAAGGGCUGAAGGGUUCAGAUCAGCCGUCAAAGGAUUUGGAAGAAAACACCUUCGUCAAUUGGGUGUUGAUGGAGAACUUUUGGCGUCGUGUCAACAAUGCACGCGUUGAUGUAGUCUGCAUGAAGCGACAGAAGAAAUCGCUCGAAGCCGAGAAUGCCCAACUCAAAACUCAACUCCAGGAGUACCUCAUCAAUUUGAACAUCAGCAAUGGUUCUAAUCUUCACAUCAAUGACUAUCUCGCAAAACGACCUAGCAGCAUGCGUGUGGAUCGUGUGCAGCGGCUAACUAGCAGCGGCCAACGUCAAUCGAAAUGUCACAGUGCUACCGAGGCGCGCCGAUUAUCCGGCAAUUUUCGUAGCAACAUCGGCUAUCGGCGACCCAUCACCGCUUGCAUUGAAGCGAAUUUCACGAACACUGUGCGGACAGCGCGUUUGUUACGCGGCAAACCCAAGCUAGCGAAAAUUGAAUCAUUCGUGCGCCUAUAAAAAAAUUGUUUUUUCACUUCCCUUUUUUGCUUGGAAGCAACUUUUCUAACUGGCAUGACAUUAAUUGUGGCGGAUGAAAUGGAUAAUUAAUUUCUUAGCUUUUAAGUUGUA